AUGUCUAUCUAUCAUUCCAUGUCCAAUUCUGGCCAAGCAAAUAACACUAACAACAACUCAAAUGGCCAGUCAUCCGAUUCCAAUGCCAAAAAUGACCUCACAAUGGAUUACUUAGCCAGUAUUUACGCCUCUAAUGGCACUCUUCCCCCAAGCAUGCUUCAGCAACAGUCAGCAGCCAACUCCAUGACGCAAAAUUCGGCGACUGGAGACAUAAUGAAUGCCAUUUUGACUGCGGCAAUGGCGGCUGCAAGUCCAUCCGCACCUACUAUGGAUCCUUUCACAGCAUCGACACUACUCACUUCUAUAAUGUACAGUCAACAACAGCAACAACAGGCACAGCAGAACUCCCUUCUUCAAUCGAACGCUAGACAAGCUCAGGUGGAUCCUUACUCAUCCAAAGCCAAUAUUCCUAUUGAUCCCACCCAUUUUGCCCAGCAAGCCCUACUACAAGCCGGUAUUGAGGCUUCAAGUCGGCAACAACAUCAGCAAAACAAUCAUCAACACCAGAUGGCUCUUGCAAUGGCGAAUUUACUCGGUCAGUGCACUUCCAAUCCCCUACUUGCUUUGCAUCAACGCCGUGAUUUAUAUGGUGAAGAAGCAAGCACUUCCUCAUCCACAGCAGGAACAGAUGAAUCUUUCAGUUCCGUGUUAGCAAAAUUAACACAGGGUCUUAAUCAAAGUGCUGCUUCAGGCACUGCUUCUUCCAGAACGCCAAUCACUUCUCAAAGUAAAACUAAAGGCAUCUCGGUACAUACAUCAUCUGGUAGUUGUGGUGCCUCCAGAUACCCCUCCCAACAAACUGUAACUGACGCUACUACAGCUGUUUAUGCCGCCGCAGCUCUGUCUGUUCUCCAGCAGCAGCAGCAGCAAAACCGAUUGACUACAACACCAAAACAUCAACCCUCGCUUACUGUCCCCUCCCGACCCACGACUGCCAGUUCGUCCACACCACAACGAGAGGGUCAGCUUCAUAGAGGUCGUGGUAGACCUCCAAAAUCAUCCAUUUCUGUGACGAAGAUCCAAGUUGACAAACAAUCACGCGCUUCGACAUCCACCCCUCAAUCUGAAUCUUCAAUCGCCGAUUCCAAUAGCAUUGAUGGGACCAUAACCGAUGUACUCAAACGUUUCAACGACUCCACAGACCAAACUGUACCUAGAAAACGAAAACGCGUUGAUUCAGUUGAAAAAAGUGCUCCGAACAAUGUCUCUGCAUCGGCUGCCCGUUCAAAUACGCCUAAUAUUCCCGCGUCUUCGACUAAGACGGAUACUUUGAGCCAUAAGCGCGCAAGAACUCUUCCUGAAAAUGGCUAUCGACUUCCCUUAAAUCUAGGCUGGCGUCGUGAGACAUUGGUUAAGGGUGUUGGUCCAGGCGGUUUGCUUGGAGAUGUUGUCUACAUUGCUCCCUGCGGCCGUCAAUUCUGGAAUAUUGAUAAUAUUCGAGAGUACCUGCGAUCGACAGCCAACACAAUGCUAACUACAGAGGACUUUACCUUUAAAUCCUACAUUCGUUUGGGUGAUUAUUACGAAUGCAAUAAAGAAUCCGAGGGUUUUGUGAAAAUGUCCGAUUCUGCUGUCAAUGCACUAAUUGCAACUGGUCAGGAGACACAGUCUGGAGGUCCCAGACGAAAAUCGCAGCCUGUCUAUCCAUCAGCUGCCCAAACCUUAACUCCCGCUGUUUCCACAGGGUCAAAUACAAAGGCCGCAUUAGGAGAAAAUUCCAAUGCUGAAAUGAUGGCUGCUCUGGGUGGGAUGAAUCCAGAAGCCUGCGCUAAAACCUUCGCAGAACUCGCCCUUGGCCUUCAACGAUUUCCCCCUCAAAUGUCCUCUACCCUGGUCAAUCAAAUUGGUUCCGUGUGGACACCAUGGCCAGUGGGAUUGCAGGCAGCUGCAAUUUCUUCAUCUUCAUCUACUUCUGGUCUUCAAUUCCCCUCAAGUCAAGGUAAUCACCCACAUCAGCAACCAAAGGAAAGGCCGUCUUACCCUGCAUUGACGAAUAGUAUUGAUGAUUUCAACGAUAUCCGAGGAUUUUUCAAGAAACUUGUUGAAGAUCUUCAACGACUGGAGUCAGAAAAGGAGUCUCUUCGAAAAGCGGAUCUGGAAGCUCAGAGCGCCAAAGCACGAGAAGAGAGGAUCACAUAUCUGGUAGAGGAGGAAUUACGUCGACCAGUCGAAGAUCUAAACCUUCUCAAUCCAAAGCCACUUCCCGAUUACGACCCUAUUGAAGGCAACCAAAUGCCCAGUCAGGUAUUUACGGAUUGCUUGUUCGUGCUGGAGUUCUUACAUGCUUUCACUGAGGUUCUCUGUAUUGACCCGGAAUCAAUCCCUUCAAUGAGAUGUCUGCAAGCAGCCUUUAUUGAGAGAGACGAAACCUGUCUGGAAGUUGUAAAUCAUCUUAUUAUUGAGCUCCUCAAGUUUGCUAUUCUUGAUCCUGGCAUUCCGACGCCGAGGCUGGUUACGCAAAUUUUGAAUGCACGGUUUAGUGAGAUGGAAGUUAAUACGCACACAGUGACCGGCCUACUUCGCGUUCUUCUGAUAGGUCGAAAUAGCUAUGAAGAUGAGAUGUCUGAUUGGCUUGCACCUUCAAACGUGGACCAUAUAAUUGAACUCUCUGGACCACAGAUUGCCAGUCUUUUGGCUUUCAUUUGUGAUGAGUUGGCUUGCUCUAGUCGUAUAAUCUCGAAUGAAGUCGAUAGGACUAUUGAACUUCAAGUCGCACUGAAAAGGGACAAGUUCAAUUUGGAGGCGAAAAUUAGAAAAAUUCGAGUCAUUUUGGCUCGAAAGUUUGGAUUGGACCAUACUAUUAAGCCCAAAGGAUCGGAAGAGGAGAAAAGUCCGAAGCAGCCAGCGUUUCUGCACAACAUUCGACAACUAUCCUCUCUACAUAACUACGAUUCGGGUGAUGAAGAAGAGUUAGAGAGCGCUGAUGAGUUAGAGAAACGAAUUGAAAGUCUUCAACAAUGUUUGGAAGCCAAACAACGAGCCAUCGAGGAGUGCGCUUUUCGAUUGUCGGGAGUAUUUCUUGGUCAGGAUCGUUUUCAUCGGAAUUAUUUUGUUAUGGGUAGUCUCGGGGGUAUUUAUGUUGAAGGUCAACCUACUUCGAACCGAGUGGGAUUCGCUUCACACGAUAUUCCGGCGGUCUUUGAUGCUGAUGCUAUUGUUGCCGAGAUAAAAGCUCGAAGAGAACUAUCUGUAACCAGACACUUCAAUACAAACCCUGGAAAUAGUUCCAACACCGCGUCAGUGGCUCAGAAAUUUACUGGCAUGCGUUCUGCAGCGCCUAAGGUUGAGAGACUAACCUCUGAGAAGAGUAAAGAACCUGAGGUAAAACCUGAAGAAACGUUUGAAGUGAAAUCGGAGCAAUACAGUGAAAAUAUGAGUGAAAUGGAGGAACCGAAGGUUAAAAAGCUCCUUGAUGAGGCAACUAAGGUUAAUGAAGAUAGAAUUGAACCUAAUGAUGAUAGGACUGACAUUGAAGCUAAAGAACCGGGUGAAAGUAAUCGAGAAGAUAGUUCUCUAAAAGAUGAAGGUGAGAAACUCACGAUUAAGACCUUAAACGAUUCAGAGGAAAAAGUUGUGCUAAAGAUUAAUGAUUCUGAAGAAUCAUCAACCUCUCAGCCGUUGGAUCUUUCUACUAAACGGCCUACGCCACCACCACCACCAUCACCACCACCUCAACCUCAAUUGAAAACCCCGACUCCAGUACCCUCUCCCAUCCCUCCGAUGUCUGAUCAAACUCUUUGGCAGUCCCUAACGGAACAAGAUUUGUCUUGGGCUCUAGAGGUUUGUCAGAUGGAUGAUACCUUCAUCACCACUGCCACCCUUCUUUUCAUCACGCAGAACGAUCUUAUUGAUCGAGCAUCCAUCAUCAAUUGUUGGUCUGAUCCCUCCUGGCACAUGCAACUUUUUUUCUACAAGUUGCAGUUGAUGAAGUCAAUUGCUUUCGAAAAAAAGAAGUCCUGUGAGGAAAAUAAUUCCCUUACCCAGUCUCUGAAAAGACUAAAGACUUUACUGGAUGAAAACAGUCGCGAAAACAGAGUUGAUGUGUGUCACCAAGCUGCCAAGGACAUUCAAUUAAAUGAAGAGGAAUUAAUUACAGUAGUAGAAGAGAUGCUGGGGGAGAAGGGAAUUCAAAAGGCGGGUCCUGAGGAUUUGGCAUCAAUCCCACAGGAGGCAAAGGGUAACUGGUGGCGAGUUAGGGGCUCACAGAAUCUCCAAAAACUCCUUGCCGCCCUUCAUUCAAGAGGUAUUCGAGAAAGAAGCCUUCUACAAAUAAUUCAAACAGCCGAAGAUGCUAUCGUUUCCUCUAUUGAUGCCGAUGCAUCAACUGUUCUGGAUAUUGAGUCUAUCACUUCGGAGGAUGGGUGGAAGCCAAGUCUGCUUAGAGUUCGUUCGCGUAGAGGGAAAGGCAGAGGUGUAAACGCUUCUACGUCUUCGUUUUUAAAUUCACCUAACACCGGGGCAUCUUCCUCUGUAAACCUCCCGGUUCUCAGCCACUCCACACGACAUAUUCCUUCCCUGCCGAACCUCGAUGAAGCUGCAUCCGAAAUUGACGCAUGCGCCUUUCGCGGAGAUAAUGAUGCGUCACCAACUUUUACAUUGGAACGCAGUGUUUUUCUUGGCGAGAACUUUGAGCGUGCAAUGCGAGCUGGCAGAGGAAGUGAAACUACUCAACAAUCUGAAGCCGAACAAGAAUUCGUGGAUGAGUGCCGUUUCUUGGAACUUGUUGAAGGGCUCGUUGACAGAGUUCUCUCUGCCAGUUUGCAGACAAAGGGUUGGCAGGCUCCAAUGAAAGCCACCGAGGAUGAUUCCAUCCAACUCGUUCCUCGUAAUAGUCCUAAAAUCUAUCGGUAUGAUUUUUGGCCCUUGGAAUUGGCCCGUGAACGGCUUUUGGAUCUAGAAGCACAUACUGAACGUCGGUACCUCCUACCGCCCUUAAACUGUGAGUCACGACUCGAUGCUGUUCAAGCGCAGGCAGCUGCAGCUACUCAAGACGAACGACAAGCAGCGGAUAAGAUGAAAAUAGCAGACGGUACUGGAAGCGUGUGCAGUGACUCGACAAACCAGGAGGAAUCCCAUACCCGUAACCGAGGAGAUGCUAAUAACGAAACUGAGAGUGGAAUUGACUCUGAUGCUCAAGGUUUGACUCUCUGGCGACGCAACACACGUAAAGCCGACUCUAUCGUGGAGUUGAAACGUUGUGCGAUGCAGUUUGAGGCUGCUAUUGCUUGGGACAAGUCUAUUAUGAAGGUGCUUUGCCAGAUCUGUCGUCGUGACAAAAAUGAGGCACGUCUACUACUAUGUGAUGGAUGUGACCAUGGUUUUCACACCUACUGUUUCCGUCCACCGAUGAUUUCUAUCCCCGAGGGGGAUUGGUUCUGCUAUGAUUGUGUCUCCAAGGCUAUGGGGAAGUGUCAUUGUUUUGUUUGUGGUCUUACUCGUCCUAUUGGAGAGAACUCUUGUGAAGGAGCACCAACCAAUAACGUUGCGCCCGCUCAUCGAUUGGUUCAAUGUGUAUCAUGUUCUCGCGGUGCUCAUCCCGCUUGUCUUCGCCCGCCAGUCAAUCGUCUUCCCAAGAAAUGGACUUGUAUGCUCUGUACAACCAACGGUGCUCAUGUUGGAAGUAGAGAAAAAAAUAUUAUCCCGACUGCAACUACUUCAGCAGCUUUUAGUGAAUCUGACGCGAAAAUGUCACAAGCAAAUUCGAUGCAAUUAGAUCGACCCAAACGAGUCUACAUUAAAUCAGGUGCCUACCGUUCCACUAAAAGAAUCGCCCGAAUUGUUAAGCCAGAUUCAACCAAAAUAAGAACUGCUUCCUCCUCAAGUACUAGUGAACGGAAAGUCGGCAGACCCAAGGGAAGCAAGCGAGGUUUAAAGAAACGGGGCCGGCCCUCCAGCCAAUCUAAGCGGCAUCGCACUGAUGCGGAUACCAUCGAUCCAAACGAUACAAGCGCAGAUGAAGACGAGGAGAUGACAGACGGUGAAUAUCAGGAUGAAGAUGGCACUGAAAGAAAGGGUGAAGGAGGAAAUUCCGUCGAUAAAGAGGAGGCACUCGAAAACAGUGAAGGCGAAGAAAAUGGAGGAGGUGAGGAGGGAGAGGAUUCCACCAACAGUGGAGUGACAAAAUCACGUAAAAACCUAUCUCCUGGCAUUCCUUCCACUGUUGUUGUUAUCAGGAGACCGAGGAAGAAUAAGAAGAAGAGGUUGAAUGGAGCUGAUCGCGAGUUUUGCAGGAAUGCAACGGAAGAUCUAAUGAAACACGAGCUUUCAUGGCCCUUUAGAAAGCCUGUUUGCUGCAAAACUGUGCCAAUUUAUCGAAGGAUCAUCAAAAGGCCCAUGGACCUAUCAACUAUCCUUAAGCGUCUAGUCUCAGAGAAGAGCCAUCAUUACAGUUCAUUGAGGGAAUGGCGAGAAGACGUUCGGCAGAUAUUUACAAACUGUCGAAUCUUCAAUGAAGACGAAUCGGAAAUCGGUAAAGCGGGCCAUGAACUCCGAAAAUACUUUGAAUCCACCUGGGCGACUGUUUCACAAGAACGCUCUCCAGCAUCAACAGAAAUGCCAGUCAAAGAGGAAUCAAUCAUAACAGCUCCGAGUUCUCCAGAAUCAUCUAACUUUUCGGCGAAACCUGCUUCCGAAGUAGAUGAUGUUCCUUCUAUUUCUCCUGCCGAAGCUUCUGCUAUUCCACCGCUAUCAUCUAUGGAAUCUGAAGAUGUGUCACCUUCACCAAAUAGCAAAGAACCAAUUGCGAACGAAGAAGAGGAGCAGAAAACCGAAUCCCCUUGUGCUGAGGAGACUGCUGUCGAGUCUGUUUUAAACUAG